CUUUAAUCAGCAUGAAUAAUCUGGCCAUAAUAUUGUACCAUCAGGAUCGACUGACAGAUGCUCAGAAGAUGUCAGUGGAUGCCAUGGGGAGUAAGGUUGCUUGCCCAUGUUGUUGAGAUCAAAAGGAAACUGUAUGGCGAAGGACAUCCUGACACCCUCACUGACAUGAAAGACUUAAUAUCUAUGUUCGCGACACAGGGUCGGUGGUUGGAUGCUGAGGAGCUCCUCCUACACGUGCUGGGAAUCCAGACGAGGGUAUUUGGCCCUGAGGACCUAGACACACAGGACAGUUUCGAUGACCUGGCUUUCAUUAGGGAGCAGUAUAUAAAGUCUACUGCGUUUAGAUGAGAUAUAAAUAAAGCUAUGGACAUCAAACGGCGUGUUCUGAAAAUAAUUAAAAUGAUAUGAAGCCUAAGCUCUGGGGCAAAGUGUUUGUGACCUGCUUAGAAAUGCUAUUAACUGAAGGAGGAUGGUCG